UCAGCUGUCAUCUUCGUCGUCAUCAGCAAUCUGUCAUUUCAGUUGACUGUUAUCUCUAUUUUUGUGCUAAAAAUAUAUUAUUAAGAAGUGAGAAAACCUUUCCUUUGUGUUGAUAGUGCAUCACAAAUUAUAAAGUGGCGUGAAUAAGUUUAUUAAAAUGUCCAAAUUCGAGGAUAAUCCGUUUAGUGAUCCAACCAUAGACAACCCAUUCGCAGAUCCUUCAGUGCAGCAGGUGGCCAGGAGUACUAACAAUGCAACACGAGGCCUGGACGAUUACAAUCCCUUCGAUGGCCAACAAAAUGCAAAUCAAGCUACGGUGCAACCAUCUCCCCAGCAGCCAUCACAGCCAGCGAUCAUGCAGGCGGUAUCUCCCCCCGUGAGUGGGCAGUACACCAGGCCGGCACAACCUGCAGCACAAACCCAGCCACCUCAGAACUUCACCACUGCAGAUUUUCAGAGAAGACAAGAAGAGUUGGAGCGUAAAGCUGAGGAAUUAGCCCGAAGGGAAGCAGAAUUGAGAGCUGGUUCAGCAGGGCGACGAAACAAUUGGCCCCCACUUCCCGCUUUCUGCCCUAUACAGCCGUGUUUCUACCAAGACAUCAAUGUUGAUAUACCACUCGAGUUCCAAAGGAUUGUUCGUCACCUUUAUCACUUGUGGAUGUUCCAUGCUCUGGUUCUAUCCCUGAACAUAAUCGGGGCUAUGUCCCUUAUGUUCGCCGGCAACGGUUUCACGACAUUCGGCCUAUCAAUUCUCUACUUUAUUCUCCUAACUCCGUUCAGUUUCGUAUGUUGGUACCGACCGAUCUACAAGGCGUUCCGAAGCGAUUCCUCUUUUAACUUUAUGGUCUUCUUCUUCAUAUUUCUGUUCCAAAUCAUCAUCACUGUUGUGCAGUCUAUUGGAUUCAGCGGUGGAGGCUCUUGCGGUCUCAUCACCAGCAUUGGCGCGUUCAAGGAGAACAUUGCAGUUGGCAUCAUCACUUUGAUGGUCACCAUAGGAUUCAUUGUAUGUGUGGUCGUCGAUGUCAUGCUUAUGGCUAAGGUUCACCGCAUCUACCGGUCAACGGGCGCGUCUCUCGCGAAGGCUCAGGCGGAGUUCACGACAGAGAUACUCCGCAAUCAGCACGUGCAGACCGCUGCGUCCAGCGCUGCAGCCGCUGCGGUGAAUGCCCAGAUCGCUAAUGCUAACCGGUAUUAGAACAUUGCAUGUGUGACCGAAAGGAAUAAAUGUGUCGCUCUGAGUGCAUAUCGGGAAAGUACGAAAUAACUUCAUCAAUCAAGAUACCGCAAGGCUUCUUCUGAUAUUAAAUGCAUAUGUUUACAUUUUUCUCCGAUACAGUCAUUUUAUCGCGAAAUAUAGUUAUGUCGACCGCGUUUAUAUCAUUUAUGUAUUCUACAAGUACGAUCAAAUUAAAUGAUAGUUUGGGGAAAGUGUUUUCGUUACUUAUCUAACGACUACUCGCAUUAUCAAUUACUUAACAUAGAAAAAUAUAUCAUGUGAUGUGAUUGUGUUGUAAGCUUGAUUCUAUCAUCAUAUCCUAUGUUUGAACACUUUAACGUGACGCAGUACAAAGCGUUGCCUGUACCGCCUCGUGUUAAAGUGCCCAGGUAGCUGUUGUAACGGCCAAAAUGUCAUAUGGCUGUGUCGAAAUGUUAUUUAACUAUUAUUUCAAAUAAUUUAUGCAAGUUUUGGCGUUUCAAUUAAUUAAAUAAAAUGUAUAGUGCAACACAUAAUAGAGUUAUAUAAAUCAUUUAUAAUAACAACGAUAGAUUUUGUAAGGGGCUGUAUUUCAGCCAAUUUUCACCGUUGUCAUAACUUCUAAUCUUAAAAUGUAUUGAAAACAGUAGCUUAAUUUUCAUCUCUAUUCUUUGUCGCACUGUACUUAUUGAACAGCAUUUGAGUAUUUUAUUAUAAUAAUGAUAACGAUAUUUAUCUAAUUAACGUUUAAUAUGCCACAAUUUAGUUAUUUUGCUAGCUGUAAAUGAUUGAUUUUAAUCGACAUGAGCUUACAAACGCUUUAAGAUCUAUGUACCUACUAAAAAUUGUGGAGUCUUCAUAUAAAAAUGUUUUACCAGGGUUUUAUUAUUGCUGAAUAUAUAGCGGUUUAUAUUUUUUAGAAAACAGGUUUAAUUUGUUUUUCUUAUAUAAUUGAUUAUUUAGUACCUUGCAUGUUUGAUAAAACAAACAGUUAAAAUUAUUGACGGCGGGUAAUCACUCAAAUUGUCGUUUGUUUGCAAAGCUUAAUUUGUUGAAUAAAUGUUCCCUUGUUAUUAUUCCAAACUUACUUUUUUGUCGUUGAAUUUAUUAUAUUUUGUUAACAUUCCAAAAAUAAGUGUAAAUAACCCUUAAUUAAAAUUUGAAUGCUAAAUGUAUAUUGAAAUUUGAAUAUCUUUUUAAAAUUUAAUAAUUAAAAUUUCAUGUAAACGUCGCUAAUUAAAUGUAUGUAUUUGGACCAUUUACUUAAUCGUUAGUGUUUCCAAGUGUGUGACUCCCUCUUGCCCUGCGUUGAGACUAUCUAUUAGAUGCACAAGACUUCUACUUUAGUAUUUAUCGUUGUAUAAAUAAAAUAGUGUAAGUUGAUAAACAUUUAAGCAUAUUAUUAACUAGUCAAGGGACUAAACAGCUUUGGAAACUGACUAUUAACAAAUACAUAGACCGCUUACGAAAUUGUAUCGAAACAAAUAAGACGUGAGUGCUCCCAUUGUCGGGGUGCCAACAAUACGUAGGUAUUUUAUGUAUAAUCUGGGCCUAGUAUAAUGUAAAUUAUUUACCAGACCGUCCUUACCCCAGAUAAAUGGUAAGCGAAGGCGUGUAGAUUUAUCUAAAUGUUUAAACUGUUUUGUAACGAUUAAGUCAUGUUAUAAACUUAUGAUUAAUAAUAAAUAUAGUUUCAGAAA